AUGCUGACUCCCCCCUCACAAGUGAUGCCAACUUUGCUCUAUACGCUUCGCCGCUAUAUUGGCUGUAAACGGCGCAAAGAAAGAGAUUCCGACGAUGAGUCGGAAGAAGGUGAGUGGGUUGUUAACUUUCGGACGUACUGACAGAAACAGAAAUGGGCUGCUUGAUAACUAAACUAGAAUGUUCACUGACCUGAGCAGCAGCUGCUUUUUGAUUAAGUAUCCUUGGCAACAGUCGUCAUGAAAGUCUUUCCGACCCUUUUCUUUCCAAAACUUUCAAGCGUGGCUGGGCACACAAAAGGCUAUUAUUCGCUGGCUUUUGUUGCCAUUCGAAAUGGAAAACAUAUCGAAUGACGACGAUGUGUUGACUCUAAAUGCUAUUCACUUAGUCGAAAUUGCAGGUUUCAAGAAAGCACUUUAAGAAUUCCUGAACUUAACCACAAUGUGAAAUUCAGAAUCCUCGCCGUUCCGGGAAUCAAUAUCAGAAAACAGUACUCGUGAGCUUUUGCCAAGAAAAGAAGAAGGAGGAAUGGAUAAACUGCGUCAAUUCUCGCUUCUUCUCUGGAAGGAUUGGGUGUUGCUCCGAAGGAAUAAAGUGUGGACUCUGUUCGAAUUGAUCAUUCCGUGUCUCCUUCUCGGACCGCUCGUAUACCUCGUUGUCAAUGUGAGUCGGAAAUGUGUUUGUUUGACAUUUAAGAGGAAUGAUUAAAUUUGUAUUACAAAUUCGUCAUUAAACAUACACGCCGGUCGGAAACGAAAGUAUUUUUUGACUAAUAGCACGCAAAAUAUUUGAAAGAUGACUGUUGACAUGUAUGAUCAAGAGUUCUGGUUUUCUUAUCAAAUACAAACAAAAUUAAAAACGUAUAAUUUUUUCAGAACGCCAGCUCCAAUUCGUCUCCAGAACAGCUUUAUGACAGUUUCAAGUUAACCGGAUCCAUUGAAGACAUUUUCGUCGACUAUGGUUUCACAAAAUCAGCACACCAACGAUGGUGCCUUCGAUCGAAUGUUGUCUUCGGAUACACGUAAUGAAAAAAAAAAGAUGGAAAAAAGAAAACAAAAAUAUGCUAUUUCAGGUCAAAAGACUCUGCUUCACAAGAAAUCGUAGACAGUAUUAUGAAGAAUGUGGCCGCAAAAUAUCAGAAUUCGAAAUUGAAAAUGGCAGUAAAAGGAGAGAAGAGCGAAGAGGAGCUACUAACAGUUCUGAAAGAUGAUAUGCCGAUGGCCAAUGACACGUUAUGCAUUGUCAACAAGUAAGAAUCGGUUUCAUCCGCGAAAUCCCAGCGUUUCCCUUUCAGAUAUGUCGGUGGAGUCGUUUUCGACACAAUCGAUUUGACACAGAAGAAACUCCAAUACAAGAUUUAUCUCGCAAAAGCGAUAGAAGAAGAAUGGCAUCUGACUGAGACGAGCAAUAAUCCAUACGGACCGCUUUCUGGCUAUGCCAGCAGAAUCCCAUCGAGCCCGCCGUACUGGGGUGCCGCCUAUCUCACUCUCCAGCAUGCCAUCGAAUCCUCGUUCAUUUCUAAGAUUCAAGGCGAAGACAUAUAUGCCCCUAUCACUUUUCGAGGACUACCGGUACCCAGAUACCGUACCAGUUCAGUGGCCGCCUUCAUCAGUUUCUUCCCGUUCCUCUGGGCGUUCGCCACUCUCAUCAACGUGCUGCACAUCACGAGAGAAAUCGCCGCCGAAAACCAUUCUGUCAAACCGUUCCUGACUGCGAUGGGACUCUCGACGUUCAUGUUCUACGCGGCACACGUGACGAUGGCAUUCCUCAAAUUCUUUGUCAUAUUCGUGUUCUCCGUGGUGCCACUCACAACAGUCAUGGAGUUUGUCAGCCCGGUAGCUCUCGUGCUGACUGUUCUCAUGUACGGUCUCGGAGCAGUCAUCUUCGGAGCAUUCGUCGCUUCUUUCUUCGACAAUACCAACUCGGCAAUCAAAGCGAUCCUGGUCACCUGGGGUGGAAUGCUCGCUCUUUCGUGGAAGUUCCGACCGAAUCUUGAUCAGAUCCCUGCCUGUUUCCUUUACGGGCUCAACAUCAAUGGAGCUUUUGCUUUGGCCGUGGAAGCCAUUUCGGAUUAUAUGAAAAGGGAGCGAGUGCUAGAUUUGUUCAACAUGUUCAAUGAUUCUUCUCUUCACUUCUCGCUCGGUUGGGCACUCGUCAUGAUGCUCGUUGACAUUGUCUGGAUGUUCUCCGCUGCUUUGUUCGUUGAUUAUCUGAGAACUUCCGCCGAUUUCAAUCUGCGCACGAUGUGCAGUCGAGGGGAUCGAUUGGUGAGUUUGAGAAAGCGAGCACCUUCUCAUGAUCAUUUUAGGAAGAGUACGAGAAUCAGACCGACGGAGUGACUGCUUAUAACACGAGAAUCAAUGAGCAGGUGAGGAAUAGAGUCAGGCGGAGCGAUAUGGAGGUUAGCAUUGAUUGUGCUCGCAUGAUAACUUCGCUUCUGUAACUGACUGACUGAACAACAUUGAAAAAGUGAAGAUUCAGAUGAACACGAUGGGAUCGUCGUCGCUGAGCCCUCCGAACGCUGAUUCUGAUGCUCUUCUGGAAGGAUCGACCGAAGUGGACGGAGCGAGAGAUUCGGCGAGAGCCGAUAUCAGUGUGAACAGAUUGGUGAAGGUCUGGCCCACGACUGGGGAAAGAGCCGUCGACGGACUUACACUGAGAGCCGUUCGAGGACAGUGUGCCAUUCUUCUGGGACACAAUGGAGCCGGAAAGAGUACGACUUUCUCGAGCAUCGCCGGAAUCAUCAAGCCGACGUACGGACACAUUUCCAUUUGUGGAUACGACGUUGGAAGAGAAGUCGCUCAGACUAGGAAGCAUAUCGGAAUGUGCCCACAGACAAACCCACUGUACGACAAACUGACUGUUUCCGAACAUUUGCAAUUGGUGCAUGGUCUGAAAGGCGCAAGGAAGGCAGAGUUCAACGAGGAAAUGGAUAGACUGCUGGAAGAUGUGAAGUUGAAAGAGAAAAAGAAAGAAAUGUCGAUGAAUCUGUCAGGAGGAAUGAAAAGAAAACUUUGUGUAUGCAUGGCAUUGAUUGGCGAUUCGGAAGUGAUACUGCUCGAUGAGCCGACUGCCGGAAUGGACCCGGGCGCGAGACAAGACGUGCAGAAGUUGAUAGAAAGAGAGAAGACGAACAGAACGAUUCUGCUGACCACGCAUUACAUGGACGAAGCCGAACGGCUCGGAGACUGGGUGUUCAUCAUGUCGCACGGAAGGCUCGUCGCUUCAGGAACCAACCAGUAUCUGAAACAGAAGUUCGGAACCGGAUAUCUGUUGACUGUCGUUUUGGAUCACAGCGGAGAGAAAAGAAAAAUGGCAGAGGUGCUGACGAGUGUGUGCAAGCACUUUGUGGAAGGAGCCGAGAGAGGAGAAAUGCACGGACAACAGAUCGAGAUGAUUCUGCCCGAAGUGGAGAAGCAUUCAUUCGUUGCGCUCUUCAAGGCAUUGGAAGCCAUACAAGAUAGAGAGUAAGUGCGAUAGACUCAGUAUUGUUGUAAUCGAUGACUUUUUGCAGUUUCCGCAGUGAAACACUCGCAACCGUUCCGAACCAAUUGAAAUCCCAACUGGCCACUCUCGUCAUGAAGAGCUUCGGACUGUCUCUGAACACACUGGAACAAGUCUUCAUCACCAUCGGGGACAAAGUUGACAAGGUGUUGGCGAGCAGACAGAACAGCAGAGCGAGUCACCUCAGACAAAACAGCGAGUCGAACGCUUCUCUCAAAGUAUUCAUUCAUCUUUCUUUCAAUAUGCUAAUGAUUAUCUGAUUUCAGCCGCCAGGAUACGAUGCCCAAACAAGUACGAAGAGUGCUGACAGUUAUCAAAAACUGAUGGACAGCCAGGCGAGAGGACCCGAGAAAAGUGGAGCCGGAAAAGUGUUCGCGCAGGGCAGAUCGAUCUUCCGCAAGAAGUUUCUUUACUCGUAUCGUAACUGGACUCAACUCUUCGGACAAGUCUUCAUUCCCAUUGUUCUCCUCGGAUUGGUGGCCUCCCUGUCAACAUUGAAAUCGAGCAACAAUGACCAAUGUACGUUGGAAUUGUAUGACACAUGAGAAAAAGAAAAUACUUCAGUUCGUAGUUUGACUGCUGAGCAAAUCGAGCCCACCAAAGUUGUGUGGAGAUUCGACGAGAAUGCUAUUCCCAUCAAGGCUAAAAACUUUGAAAAUUUGUUGAAGAAAUACCAUGGGUUUGAUAUCCAAACAUACAGUGUCGCUAAUCCGCUUCUGAACAUUACUACAAAAUUGAUUGGAGUGAGUUUGGGGUUGUGCACACUUAUGAAAUACACUGAAACCUGCAGGAAAUGCCGCCCGCUUCACUUGGAAUGACUGUCAGUGAAGACUCGAGUGACGUGGAAACUCUCUUCAAUAUGCGAUACUUCCAUGUCCUUCCGACCGUUGUCAGCAUGAUUAACAGAGCUCGGUUGGCCGGAGACAGCUCGGAGGACGUUAAAAUUGAAAGUGGAAUAUUCUUGUACACCAAGUCAAGUUCUGACAAAAAUGUAUGAAGCAAAAGGGUAGAAACAAAGCAAGCUUGUGCAUUUUCCAGUUACUUCCGAGUCAAGUGAUUGACAUGUUGCUCGUUCCGAUGCUAAUUCUGAUCUUCGCCAUGGUCACCUCGACGUUCGUGAUGUUCCUGAUCGAAGAGCGCACCUGUCAGUUUGCUCACCAGCAAUUCCUGACCGGAAUCUCCCCAAUAACAUUCUACUCUGCCUCUUUGCUCUACGACGCCAUACUCUACACGGGCAUCUGUAUCAUCUUCCUUUUCAUUUUCAUCGCGUUCCAAUGGAUGACAAAUCACUUCAGAAUGUCAGUUUCCUUCCUGAUUCCCCCGUUCAACUCCGUUUUCUUCAGAGUUAUUGCCUUCUGGUUCCUUUACUUCUUCUCUUCGGUUCCUUUCAUAUAUGCCGUAUCGUUCCUGUUCCAAUCUCCAUCGAAAGCCAACGUUCUUCUGAUUAUCUGGCAAGUGGUCAUCUCCGGAGCCGCCCUUCUCGCCGUCUUCCUCAUAUUCAUGCUCUUCGAUAUCGAUCAGACAUUGAAGUCUAUUCUAAUGGUGAGCAUUUUUCCCUAUUUAACACUCCUUCUAAUCGUCUCAUUUCAGAAUGCGUUCCUCUUCCUUCUUCCGUCAUACGCCUUCGGAUCUGCUAUAAUAACAAUCAGUACGUAUGGAGUUGUUUUAACUGAUGAGCAGCUGAUGGAAUGGGAUCAGUGCGGAAAGAAUGCAUAUCUCAUGUUCGCUUUCGGAAUCUUCUCAUUCUCUCUUUUUGUUCUUCUGCAAUUCAAGUUCGUCAGAAGAUUCAUGUCUCAAUUGUGGACGAUCCGUCGAUCUGCGAACAACUAUGUCCAACCGGUAAUGGUACGAUCGUCUUCAUUAGUUACUCAUCUACUAUUUUUAUUUCAGGGAGAUCUUCCAGUUUGCACGAGCGUUGAAGAUGAAAAACGCAGAGUUCAUAGUGAGAACACACUCAACUAUGCUCUUGUCGUCAAGGAUCUAAAGAAGACGUUCGGACAGAACACGGCAGUCAACGACCUCUGCCUGGCCGUCGACCAGAAAGAGUGCUUCGGAUUGCUCGGAGUGAACGGAGCCGGAAAGACGACGACGUUCAACAUUCUCACGGGACAAUCCUUCGCCACCAGCGGAGAAGCAACCAUCGGAGGACGUGACGUCACCGAGCACAUUUCCAUCGGCUACUGUCCACAGUUCGACGCUCUUCUGCUUGAUCUGACUGGAAGAGAAUGCCUCGAAAUUCUUGCUCAAAUGCACGGAUUCGAAAAGUAUUAUGAGAAGGCGGAGCUCAUCUUGGAAUGCGUCGGAAUGCAAGCCCACGGAGACAAGCUGGUCCGAUAUUACAGUGGUGGACAGAAGAGAAAGAUCUCGGUGGGCGUGGCUCUGCUCGCUCCGACACAAAUGAUUAUUCUGGAUGAGCCGACGGCCGGAAUCGAUCCGAAGGCGAGGAGAGAAGUGUGGGAGUUGCUGCUGUGGUGCAGAGAGCAUUCUAACAGUGCGCUCAUGCUCACCUCGCAUUCCAUGGACGAGUGCGAAGCGUUGUGCUCGAGAAUCGCCGUGCUGAAUCGGGGACAGUUGAUUGCGAUAGGAACGAGUCAGGAUCUCAAAUCAUUGUGAGUAUCUGAGUUGAAUCGUUUUCUUUUCAGUCCUGUCGUAAACUGUUUUUGAUGAGAAAGUACGACGGAUCUUAUUGGUUAUUCGUGUAAUUUUCCAGAUACGGCAACAAUUACACUAUGACAUUGACCCUUCACGGUCCCGAGCAACGCGAUGUGAUCGUUCAGCUGGUGGCCGAUCGUCUUCCGAACUCUGUUCUCAAAACGACAUCAACAAAUAAGACAUUGAAUCUGAAGUGGCAGGUCAGAAUGAACAUCUUCGAUUCCUUAUUUGAUUGUUUUCAGAUUCCGAAAGAAAAGGGCGAUUAUUGGUCGGACAAGUUCGAGAUGGUUCAGAAAUUGGCGAAAGAUUUGCAAGUGAAGGAUUUUAUUCUGGCGCAAUCGUCGCUCGAAGAGACGUUCCUUCGGUUGGCCGGACUGGACGGAGAGGAUCAGAUCGACCACGCCCAUAUCACCCACACCACGCGCGUUUGA